AUGCUGCGUGACCAGAAGGAGCGAUUUAUUCGACAAGGUCUUCAUAGAAGUCACCUUGAAGAUGCUGGCAGCUUUGUGAGCCACAUUCGGGAUCUCAUCAGAGAAAUCGAAGAGAAUUAUGUCUUGUCAAUGAAAUUUGCGAAGGUGAAGAGUGAUUUAAUUUUGGAGAUGGGAACUCCGUAUGCUUGUGUCCGGGAUGACACACCCUUCGCGCCUUUGUUAACGAAUUUCUUGCCCAUAGAGCCACCGCAGUAUGGGCUGGUUCCUCACCAGGCGGUCCUUGUGCGGCAGCAGCAAAUAGCCUCGAUUCUCGCCGUGACUGUGGGGCUAUUUGGCAUUUUGAUGCUGAUUCCGCAGCUCGUGGCAUCUGGGCUUCUUGCCUACUCGUUUGGGAUUCGGCAUGCUGUUGAUGUAGACCACAUCGCUGCGAUAGACAACAUCACACGAAAGCUGACAACCAACAACAGCAGUCCACGCACAGUGGGAAUGUUCUUUGCUCUUGGACAUUCUCUGGUAGUUGUAUUGGCCUGUUGUGCUAUCCUGGUGACGCAGCACUUCAUGAAAGACAUGCUCGGCACCUUCCACCAGUACGGCAGCGUGAUCGGAGUAGCAGUAUCUGGAAGCUUUUUACUAGUGCUGGGUACUCUAAACUUAUGGACCACUCGGCAGCUAUGGAUGGCGUGGAAGGGCGAGGGCGAGAGCCACAGCCAUGAUGUUUCCAUGGGCUUUUGCCUCAGAUGUUGCCCCAGACUCUUCCAAGCUAUCUCACAGCCGUGGCAUAUGUUGUUCGUGGGCUUUCUCUUUGGAUUGGGGUUUGACACUUCCACGGAGGUGGGUCUCUUGGGCGUGGUUGCCGUGUCAAAUGGACUGGCCGUGCCGGCAAGUAUCCUGCUUUUGCCCUUACUUUUCACGUCCGGCAUGUGCCUUCUUGACACCCUGAAUGGUUUCCUGAUGGCCUGGAUCUACCGUACAUCUUUGGAGGAUGACAAGCAGAAGAUCUACUUCAAUCUCUUUGUCACCGCAACGUCAGGUUCGGUUGCACUUCUAGUUGGACUUGUUGAAUUGCUGGGGCUGCUGGCCAACAAGGCAAAUCUAAAUGGUUGGUUCUGGGAGACUGUGCAGUCUGCCAAUGACCACUUUGAGAUUCUAGGCAUAGCCGUCGUCUGCACAUUUCUGUUGGCGAUGGCGGUUGCAAUGUGUUGCUUCAGACGAGUGUUCAGGAACCGUCAAGCAGGGGCGGAAUCUUCCAUGUACAUAGAACGAGAUCUCCUGCGUUAUGUCCAGAGUGGACAGUUUAUCGAUCGGUCUGGUGUUUAA